AGGGAAGAAGAGAAGGGAGAUGGAGGCGGCGCGGCGGGUGCUGGAGCAGGCUGGCGUGGGCGCGGCUGACGCGCUGCCCUCCGGGUUCUACGACGCCUUUGUGCUCCGGGGCAUCCGCGUGGAGGCCGCGGAGCCGGGCCGCCUCCUCUGCCGCUUCACCGUCCCCUCGCGACUCCUGAACUCGGGUGGGUUCCUGCACGGCGGCGCCACGGCCUCGCUCAUUCACCUCGUCGCCUCCGCUGCCUUCCACACCACCUCCACCUCCUCCAGCUCUUCGGCUUCGCCCCUGGAGAUGAACAUCUCCUACUUGGAUGCUGCCUUCCCCGAUGAAGAGAUUGAGAUCGAAGCAAAGGUUCUGCGCGCAGGCAAGGCAGUGGGGGUAGCGGUGGUGGAACUCAAGAAGAAAUCGGGCAAACUCAUAGCUCAAGCGCGCUAUUCCAACUACCUUGCGCCAUCUAGUAAACUGUAAUUUGUUCCCUCGUUUUUCUGGUAAAAAUACAAAACAAAACAGCUCUACCUGCUCCAUCCGUCUUUCUAUCGGCAGUAUAUACGGGUCUGUUCGUUGCUCGUAUGAUCCUAGUCUGAUCCGUAUUCUCUAGUCUAGCUGCUCUCAUCUUGGCUAGAGUCAUGUAAUUGGUUGUGUUUGAUUGUCUGGAAGUCAUGUAAUUGGUCGUGUUUGGUUCUC